UAUAUACAUUUAAACUAUUAAUAGAUCAGUUGGUUUGCUUAGUCAAAAUUAAUGUAAGACAUGACACUUGGACUCUUAGUCGCACCGCUGUUACGCAACUCGUUGUUAUAGAAAUCGUUCGGUAUUUCAUUGGGGGGUAAUGGGUGAAUUAGAUUCUAGGCGCCUGCCACGCUGGUGGUCGGGCGGCGUAUGUUCCGCGAUGGCCGUGACGACGACACAUCCGCUGGAUCUGGUAAAGGUUCAAUUGCAGACACAAUCGAAGAGGGUGCCCGUUUCGCAUCUGAUUGCCAACAUAUAUAGGAAUGCGGGAAUUCUGGGGUUUUACAGUGGCAUUUCGGCCUCGUGGUUUCGUCAGCUCACCUACACCACGGCCCGCUUUGCGCUGUACGAAUAUGGUAAGAACUUUGUGGAUGCCAACAAUAUGUCAGCAAAAUUCCAGUUGGCCACGUUUGCGGGCUUCUUUGGCGGAAUACUGGGCGUGCCGGGUGAUGUGGUAACAGUGCGGUUACAGAAUGACACCAAGCUCCCACCGGCCGAGCGUCGCGGCUAUAAGCACGUUUUCGAUGGCCUUUAUCGGAUCGCUAAGGAGGAGGGGGUUAAGAAUCUAUUUCGCGGCACCGUGCCAGCCGUGUCGCGGGCCGUAUUUUUAACAAUUGGCACCAAUGCCGCUUAUGACCAGGUUAAGCAGGUUUUGCAGCGCGAGAUGGGCAUGAAGGAGGGACUUCCAUUGCAUUUUCUAACAUCCACAGUAGCCGGUUUCAUUGGCACACUGAUGACACAGCCCAUCGAUGUGAUGAAGACAACGUAUAUGAAUGCGCCGCCCGGUGAAUUCAGUGGUCUGGGCGCUGUCAUUGUGCACACAAUGAAACAGGGUCCAUUCGCAUUCUACAAGGGCUUCAUACCGGCUCUGUUGCGCAUCAGUCCGAAUACGAUAAUCACCUUUAUGCUGUAUGAGCAGGCGCGUCUGCGCUUUGGCUAUCUGCCGCCCGACAGCUCGAGCUCAGACAAAAAAUCCAAAUAGAUAGUAUCUAUAUA